AUGGCGAUAUUUAGACCUAAAGGCAAAGGCGAGGUGCCCUACUUCUGCGGAGCGGUUAUAGUCCACGAAAAAUUCCUCAUUUCCGCAGCGCACUGUUAUUUAAAAGUGAUUCCGCAAUAUCGAGUAACCGUGGGCACUGAUCACGCUUUAGAAGGUGGAAUAGACUACGACAUAGAAGAGAUUUUUGUCCAUCCUAAAUACAAUGGGGAUAAUAAGGAUUACGAUGUAUUAGUUAUUAAAUUAAAAGAUAACCUCACUUUUAAUGAUCGAGUCCAGAAAAUUGAAAUAGCUUCGCAAGAUUUGGAGAUUGAUGAUAAUGCGAUGUUGGAUACGAUGGGAUUUGGUUGGACGAAUCCGUCGGAAGAGAACUCGUUUUCAAAUCAGCUUCUGAGAAUUACAAUACCAUAUAUAAAUCAGAAUGAUUGCAAGAGAGUCUUUACGAAAUUGACAUCAACAAUGAUUUGCGCAGGAGGAACCGAUAAAGACAGCUGUAAGGGCGACAGUGGUGGACCGCUUACGUAUGACAAUAAAGUUGUUGGACUUGUAUCAUAUGGACUGAAGCCUUGCGGACAAGUCGGAGUACCAGGGGUUUAUACUAAGUUAUCAGCCGUACGAGAUUUUAUUGACGAAACUAUAACAUCACAUUUAUAA